AUGUGGCGACGCAGCGGGACAGCGUUGAGCCAGCGCCUGGCGCUAAGCGAAGAGGUGUCGGAGGCGCUAUACGGACGCGCGAAGAGGCCUGUGGUGGCGCUCGAAUCCACUAUCAUCUCUCACGGGAUGCCGUUCCCGCAGAACCUGCACAUGGCCAAGCACGUGGAGGAGAUUGUGCGGUCUCAUGGGGCCUGCCCCGCCACGAUCUGCAUCGCUGAUGGCGCGUUGAAAGUGGGGCUGGCGGAACAGGAUCUGAUGCAGCUAGCGGAACUCGGUGCAGGUGCCAAAAAGUGCUCGACGAGGGAUAUCGCGGCUGCAGUUACGGACAAGAAGGUGGUGGGCGCCACCACCGUCUCCAGCACAAUGCGUAUCGCCCAUGCAGCUGGUAUCAAGGUCUUCGUGACAGGAGGCAUAGGGGGCGUACAUCGCUUCUGCGAGGAGACCAUGGACAUUUCAACGGACUUGAUGGAGCUGUCCCGGACGCCAGUGGCGGUGGUGUGUGCUGGCGUCAAGUCCAUUCUCGACAUUCCACGAACGCUGGAGUUCCUGGAGACCCAUAGCGUACCGGUGAUCGGCUACAAGACGGACCAGUUCCCUGCCUUCUUUACACAAGACAGCGGCGAGAAGGCUCACUUACGCCGAGAUACGCCUCAAGACGUUGCACGCCUGAUUCAUGAGAGUGACGCGCUGGAGUUGCCGAAUGGCCACAUUAUCGCCGUUCCCAACCCACAGCCUGUGCCUUCCGAGCUUAUCAAUGAAGCGAUAGAGCUUGGGCUCAAAGAAGUUGCGGACAAGAAUAUUUAUGGCCAGGCCGUCACGCCCUACCUGUUAAAGCGCGUCAAUGAGAUCACACAGGGUGUUUCUUUGACUUCAAACAUUGACUUAGUCAACAACAACGCAACUGUUGGCAGUCAGAUUGCAUGCGCACUGUUUGACUUGGAAAAUGGAUAUGUGGUGGAUCCCACAGCCAAGUCGGGCAUUGUUUAUUCGCUGCCGGCUGAGAAAUCCCCCACCACAAGCCCCAGAAAGCGCGUUCUUGUUGUUGGUGGUCUCGUGCUCGAUAUCAUUAGUUCUUCUACGUCGCCACUUAUCCGCGGCACCUCUAACAUUGGAACCAUCAAGCAGUCCAGCGGAGGUGUUGGUAGAAAUAUUGCUGAAUGUCUGCACCGACUAAGGUUGGAUCCGUUGCUCGUGUCGUCCAUUGGGAAAGACGCGUCGGGCUCAAUUCUCUUGGACAAUUUGAAGAAGCUGGGCAUGAACACCAGUGGUGUCCAAAUCUCCGACAAGCUUUCAACUGCUGUGUACUCUGCUGUCCUUGAUUCCACUGGAGACAUGGACGCUGCGAUUGCAGAUAUGAGCGCGUUCGAGUCGAUUGAAAGCGAGGUCAUCUCCGACCAGGCGAUUGAUAAAGCAAAGCUAGUGAUCGCAGACGGGAACUUGGUUCCAGCUACUAUCGGAGAUCUCUUCAAACGAAGUGCUCGUCUUGGCGUAGAUACUUGGUUCGAGCCUACCUCGGUUCAAAAAGCUAUCCGAGUAGUGGAAGGAGACGGCGUGUCUUCCAUGAAGUACAUGUCUCCAAACGCUGACGAGCUUCACGCGAUCAGCAACGCCAUUCGCGAGAAGACAGAUGUUAGUCCCGAGACCUCCGAACGCUUCUCACUUACCAAGGAGUCUGGAAUUAUUCCCACGGAGGAAAUGACACGGUUGAAGAACGACCUCAUCACAACGCUACUCGCCAUGGCUGAUGGGGACACCAAGAGACCGAAGCACAUCCUGGUCACUCUAGGCAAGCAUGGAGUCCUAGUUGCCUCUAUCAACAUGCCUGCAGACGAACUGCGUGAGAUCGUGGAAGAUUGCGACUUUGACGCUGAAAUCUGGGGCAUGCACCAUGUUCAUGGAGGCCACUCGCUCACCAUGGCUCAUUUACCUGGUGUUGAAAUCCCCGUAAAGAACUGCACUGGAGCUGGUGACAGCAUGGUUGGUGGAACUGUGUAUGGGUUGCUGGAAGGAUACGAUGUACUCCAGAGCUGCCACAUGGGCAUGAUCGCGGCCCGUAAGAGUCUGGUAUCUGAGCAUGCCAUCAGUCCGGAAUUGGCGCCUCAAAUUUUGUACUCAGACUCUUGAUCAAGACUCCACUGGCUGCUGAACUUGAA